AUGGGUUCUGGGUGGUUCCCCUGGGUGGUAGUUCUGCUAAUGAACCUUAUCAGGCUGGAUUCCUCCAUGACUCAAGGCAGAGACUCUCCAGAAGAUUUUGUGAUUCAGGCAAAGGCUGAUUGUUACUUCACCAAUGGGACAGAAAAAGUGCAGUUUGUGGUCAGAUUCAUCUUUAACUUGGAGGAGUAUGCACGUUUUGACAGUGAUGUGGGGAUGUUUGUGGCACUGACGGAGCUGGGGCAGCCUGAUGUUGAGCUGUGGAACAAUCGUCCGGAUAUCCUGGAGCAGAGUAGAGCGUCCGUGGACCUGCUCUGCAGACAUAACUACAGGCUGGGUGCCCCCUUCACUGUGGGGAGGAAAGUGCAACCAGAGGUGACAGUGUACCCAGAGAGGAUCCCAUUCCUGCAGCAGCACAAUCUGCUGCUCUGCUCUGUGACAGGCUUCUAUCCAGGGGACAUCAGGAUCAGGUGGUUCCGGAAUGGAAAGGAGGAGAGAGCUGGGGUCAUGUCCACUGGUCUUAUCGGGAACGGAGACUGGACCUUUCAGACCAUGGUGAUGCUGGAAAUGACUCCUGAGCUUGGAGAUGUCUACACCUGCCUUGUUCAUCACCCCAGCCUGCUGAGCCCUGUUUCUGUGGAGUGGAGAGCUCAGUCUGAAUAUUCUUGGACAAAGUUGCUAAGUGGAGUUGCAGCCUUCCUGCUUGGGCUCAUCUUCCUUCUGGUGGGGAUUUUCAUCCACCUCAGGGCUCAGAAAGGAUAUGUGGAGACUCAGUUGCCUGGUGAUGAGGUCUCAAGAGCUGUUCUCCCACCGCAGCCGUACUAA